UCAUUGCUAAUAGAAACUACGAACGGUUUUAGACAAACUUUUGAAUUUAUUGUAAAAGAAUUAAACAAAAACGUGAAGAAAGCUUACCAAUAAAAUGAUAAUACUUAGACAAGCUAUAGUCUUGCAUUUACUUGUGUUGUCCAUUAAAUACUCAGCGGCACAGUGGUGUACAAAGUAUCAGCCCGUGGUGAAAACUCGUAUACAUUGGUACAAUGGUCAACGUAUGAUCACCAAGAAGACAAUCUUUGGCACCAAAUAUAGCUAUGAGCCCUAUGUAUAUUCAUCGACUGAUUAUUACAAUGAUCAUGAACGCAUUCUGGUUUGUUGCGAUGGCUAUGCCAAAAAGGACAAUGAUGUUUGUGAGCCUAUUUGCGAAAACCCUUUGUGUCCCGCCAACUCACAAUGCAUUCAACCAAAUAUCUGUAAAUGUUUAGAUGGCUAUAUGGGUUUGGGCAGAAGACCAGACUGUCGUCCAAUAUGUUUUCCUAAAUGCCCUGAGAAUUCGAAAUGCACUGCACCGGGAGUUUGCACCUGCAAUGAUGGUUAUAGGAAAUCCACAGAAGACUCGUGUGAACCCUUGUGUCCUGCAGACUGUCCAGAUAACGCCGAAUGCCUGAAACCCAACCAGUGUUCGUGUAAGAAGGGCUAUGUGACAAAAGGUUUACUGGAUGGUUCGCCUAUGCAAUGUGAAGCAGAGUGUAAGCCGCAAUGUCCCUUAAAUGGCAAGUGUGUGGAACCAAAUAAAUGCUCCUGCCUGGAGGGCUAUAAAAUGGAGGACAACCAAUGCAAACCUGCAUGUAACACACCAUGUGUGGAUAAUGCCUUCUGCAAGGCGCCCAACCAAUGUGAUUGCCAUGAGGGUUAUGAAUGGGGAAAAACCGCUGAAGACUCUUGGGAGUGCCUACCCAAAUGUGAGGAUGAAUGUCCCGAAAAUGGUUUUUGUUCGCGUCCCAACAAUUGUGAGUGUAAAGAGGGCUACGAAAUGUCCUCAAAUCACUCCUGCCAGCCAGUGUGUCAAUCGUCCUGCCCUGAGAAUUCAUUAUGUGGAGGCCCUAACAAAUGCCUAUGCCUAGAGGGUUACCAAAGCACAGUUGAAGGCGGUCAGUGCCAGCCUUUUUGUGAGCAUACCUGUCCCCAGUUCUCUCAAUGUUCUAAGCCCAAUCAUUGCGAAUGUCUGCCAGGCUAUCACAUGAAAAUGUCCUCCAACCACUCUAAUUUCUGUGAGCCCCAAUGCCAAAGGAAUUGCUCCACCUUUGGCAAAUGUGUUGAGCCCAAUAAGUGUGAGUGCUUGCCAGGCUAUGAAAUGGAUGAGAUGGAAACUUGCAUUGCCAUUUGCAGUCAUGGUUGCCUAAAUGGCCUCUGCUAUAGACCGGAGGUGUGUAUUUGCAAUACUGGUUUUCUCAUGGGUCCUAACAAUCAAUGCAGACCGCAAUGCUCCCAGCCUUGCCACAAUGGUUUAUGUGUUGAGCCCGAUAUAUGCCAAUGCUUGGAGGGUUACAAGUUCCAAGAGGGUUCUGUCCACAACUGUGAACCCAUAUGCGAGCCACCCUGUGUCAAUGGCAUAUGCAUGGGACCCAAUAUCUGUUUCUGCAAUGACAACUAUGAGCCCCAAUGGGAGAAAAGCGAACUUAAUCAUAACCAUUGCCAACUAAGCAAAAUCACCACUGCUAAAGAGGACUACAUGCAAGCUGAGAUUUCGCCAUCGACAGCUAUUGACAAUUUGUCUACCGCACCCCCACUUCAGAGUUGUUUGGAUUUGUGUCAAUGUUGGGAAGAAUACGACGAGUUUGGUUCCUUGGUCUCUGCGCAACCUCAAUGUGUUCACCCAUGUGCAGAUCCAUAUGACAAGCCCUGUUUGAAUUUCAGCCUUUGCCAAUGCGAGGCCUCAAAACCGCAACUUCUUUGCCAGCCUGAGAACGACCCAGAGGAGGAAGCUUUGAUUUACACUUGUAAAAUUUCCCGAAUUAUGCAAGCCUCUACCACUACCAAGUCCCCAGGUACGGUGGAAAUGAAAAGUACAGCUAUUGAAUCGAAUCACUCAAGUCAUAUGUGGCCUAUUGUGGCUGCGACCAUAGGAACCUGCAGUCUAUUGAUGAUAGGCUUUGUGAUAUACAGAAAGUUUUUGAAUCAAAGUGUUCUUGGAUUUCUUCUGCAACAAUUGAGUCAUGCUGUCUCUGUGGUGGUGGAGGCCAAGGCAUACGAUCAACGUCAACGUUCAAAAUUUCCAAUGUCACAGUCCACACCGCAGAUGUAUGGUGCUGCUGCAAGAUAUUCCCAAAUUGCGAUAAACAAUGAAUGUAAUUCCGAAGUGGGUAAUCAGACGCACAUAUACACAUUGAAUGUGCCCAAUGAUGCAGUUGCUAACUAUGCCGUUGUCAAAGUACUUGAAAAGACUCAGCGUUACACCAGAAUCACUGUCUGUUGUCCUGGUUAUGUUUUGGAGCGUAGUCUUGAAGGUGAUGUUUGUUCCCCCGUUUGUGAUGAUUGCCGCAAUGGCCAUUGUGUGGGACCCAACGAGUGUGAUUGCUUCGAUGGAUUUGUACGCAAUGACAACGGGGACUGUGUAUUCAGUUGCCCUCUGGGUUGUCUAAAUGGCCGUUGUUAUCUAGACGAAACCUGUAAAUGUGAUCCAGGUUAUAAGCUGGAUGAGACUCGUCGUUUCUGCCGUCCGAUUUGCAGUAGGGGUUGUGGUUCAAAUCUACUAUUGAAUUGUACCGAGCCCGAAGUUUGUAGCUGCAUUAAUGGUUAUACCCUGACUGAGAGUGGUUGUAGGGCUACCUGUUCACCAGAUUGUGGGCCGGGCGGUGAAUGCAAUGUCAAUGGUGUUUGUGCAUGUAAACAUGGCUUUACCCUCAAGGAAGGGGUAUGUCAUGCCACCUGCUACCAAAUAAUGCCGAAACAGCUAAAAAUUUCACAAUACUGUGUAUUGAUAAUUCUAUUGGAGAAUAUGUUUUGCGUGGCAAUUGAAAUCUCAUCUGUUGGAAGCGAAGCAAGGGUUGCUACCGAAAAUGACAUCAGUCAAGGGAAUCAAUUUUACAAUGCCUCAGGCUUGAAAUCACUAGCCUUGUAUGUUCUUCCACCAGGAAGCACCCAAUGGCGAGAUGGAAAACAGGUUUUUUCGGAAGUCCCAAAAGAGGAGUGUGGUACCAAUGGAGAUCAUAUGAUUUUGAUAUAUGUGCCCACCGAAGCAGUUGACAAAUAUUCUUGGGUCACCCGUAUGACCGAUGAAAAAACGCAAAAAGUAACUCCCAUUAAAGUAUGCUGCCCGGGCUAUGGCCUAUUGCGUUGGCGUGGUGAACGCCGUUGUGUGCCUGUGUGUAAAAAAUGCCGUAAUGGCCAAUGUGUGUCGCCUGACGUCUGCGAGUGUUACAACGAAUUUGUUCGCACCGAUAAUGGUGAUUGUGUGUUCUCUUGUCCUUUGGGUUGUCUCAACGGCCGUUGCUAUUUGGAUGGCAGCUGCGAAUGUGAUCCUGGCUAUAAGUUGGAUGAGACCCGUCAAUAUUGUCGUCCUAUAUGCAGCAAGGGUUGUGGUACUGAUCCUUUACUCAAUUGCACUGCCCCAGAAGUCUGUGGAUGUAUACAAGGAUUUACCCUUAGCGAUUCAGGGUAUCCUGUGCCAAUGGAAUUUGCUAUAACCGCAAUAGAUGCAUUUGCAAUCCUGGUUUUGUCUACCAUGAGCGUACCAGAAACUUUAUACGGUGGACCUUACCCAAUUGACACACAAACGCUCUUCCUCCUCAUGAUCAUGAUGAUGGGAAGUUAUCAACGAAUACAAAACUAUAAUCGGCUAAUCAAAAUAAUCUUAUCGCUGGUAUUUCUCUGUGCCACCACAUUCAAUUGCAUUCAAACGCAAAAAGUAGUCAGAUUUACAACGACAACCACAACGAAGCAGCCUUUCCACCGCUCGCCGGGACUAUCGUUGCCGCGCAAGGAUUUCAAUCCACCGAAAUGUAAAAUCGAAGUGCCAGCCGUCUUCUUCCAAACCGAGAAGGAUAUACCCAUACGUGGCAACAGCACCUCUGGCAACAUCUUUUACAAUGAGCUCGAUGUCUGCUGUCCUGGCUACAAACGCUACGAUUUCGAUUGGAGCAAAUGUGUACCGGAUUGCGGCAAUAAAUGUCAGAAAAAUGGCUUCUGCAUAGAUGGUGGCAUUUGCCAAUGCUUUGAUGAGUUUGUAUUGAAUCAUCGCAAUGAUUGUGUGCCCACCUGCCCGUUGGGUUGUCCCAAUGGCCAGUGUUACUUAAAUGGCACUUGUGUCUGUAAUAAGGGCUAUAUGUUGGAUCCCACUAAAAAAUAUUGUGAACCCAUAUGCGAAUUGGGCUGUGGACAUCAUGAGAUUUGUGCUACACCAAAUCAAUGCGUUUGUGCCGAUGGCUAUGCUCGUUCUUCAGAUUUUAAAUUGGCUCACAUUGGCUGUCAACCUGUGUGUAUACCGGAUUGUGGCUUUGGCCAUUGUGUGGCACCCAACCAGUGUGAGUGCUUUCCUAACUACGAGAAGAAAGAAAAUGGAACAGUGUGCAUACAUUUGGGAUUUUUACGCUGUGACAAUGGCUUUCAUGCAACUAAGGAUAGCUGCAUCUGCAAUCAGGGUUAUCGCUAUGAUGAGAAUACCACAUCAUGUCUGCCGGAUUGUGGAGAUGAUUGUGAGAAUGGGGUAUGCAGAUAUCCCGGUGUUUGCAAAUGUUUUAAUGGUUAUAAACGAAAUGGACCUAGAUGUGAAGCUGUUUGUGAAAAUGGCUGUGGCUAUUAUGGCAAAUGUAUUUCUCCGGACAUAUGCGGUUGUGCCAUCAUCGAUGGUCCUAUGAAAUCCUUUCAGAAAUGUGAAUUGGGCUAUUGCACUUCCAAUGGUCGUUGUCGCUGUCAAACAGGCACUACACGAUUCAUCAAUCAAUGCCUGUCACCCGACAAGGUCACCACCUAUGCCACCAUGCACCAUUAUAAGUUAAAUGGCGCCUUUCUUGAUGAAUUCAAUUUGUUAAUCGGAAGAUAUUUUAAUUUUACUCAAUUUUGCUUGGCGGCCUGCAAGAUAAAAAUGAAGUUUUUUUUGUUGCUUUGUGCCCUGUGUGCACUAUUCUGUGGUAGUUUGGCCCAAAUCAAAACUGGCAUUAAAACCCGUCAACCCUCCAAUCCCAAUCAGGAAUAUGAACAAGUAAACUAUGAACGUUACAAUGGUAACUUCAAGCCUGCUGAAUAUUAUCAAGGCGAAGUCUUUACCCCUCAUGCCAAAGCCCCCCUGGAUGCCACAGCUGAAUUCAUUAAUAAAACCAGAGCAGGCAUUGCCUCGGGAAUUUGUUUUAAAGAAGUGCCCACUUCCUCCCUUGCCAAAAAUGGCCAAGUGCCCGUCAGCAAUGGCACUUCACCCGGCAUGAGUACCGUGCAGGUAUGCUGUGAGGGUUAUGAGCGAAAUCCCCAUAUCUUCAAGCGUUGCGAUCCCAUCUGUGAAGAUGACUGUCCCAAUGGCAUUUGUACGGCACCCAAUCAGUGUGUUUGUAUUCCAGGACAUCUGCGCAAUGCUGCUGGAAAAUGUGUUACCACCUGUCCCAUAGGAUGUGACAAUGGCAUAUGUGCUGAUAAUGGUCAAUGCCAAUGUAAACCAGGAUUUAUGUUAGAGCCUAGAGAAGGAAAAUACUGUUUGCCGGUUUGCGAAAAGGGAUGUCAGUUUGGCAAAUGCGUAGGACCCAAUCAGUGCGCCUGUGACAAGGGCUAUCGCGUGAGUGCAGCAGGAACAUGUGAACCUGAAUGUGAACGUUGUGAGAAUGGCAGGUGUACCGCCCCUGGAGUAUGCAGUUGCAAUGUGGGAUACACUGCCAUGGGAGGUGUAUGUGAGCCGGUGUGUUCUUUGGGCUGUGACCAUGGCUUUUGCAGUGCUCCCGACACCUGCUCCUGUCCCCCCGGCUCUGAGUUGGACCGUUCUGGCAUUAAAUGCAAUCCUCGCUGUGAAGUUCCCUGUGUCAAUGGUGUUUGUGCCAGCCCCAAUAAAUGCGAUUGUGAGCCUGGCUAUAUUCGUGAUGAGAAACAACCCCAUAUGUGUGUGCCCCAUUGUCCUCAGGGAUGUCCCAAUGGAUAUUGUUCUGCCCCUAAUUUCUGUGCCUGCAAUCCUGGCUUCAUAAAGAGCGGUGUUAAAGGUCGUCAUUUCUGCAAUCCGUCCAACUAAAUACAGCUUAAUUAUGAAAAUAUAAUUUUUUUUAUGAGAUUUUAAAGUUAUAAGACUACCCAAGAGUUGAACGAAUCUAGAAUUUAAUAAUAAAUGAAAAAAUGUUUCAAGUUUAUUAAACCAAA